UGGGAGCCGGCCGGCGGGCAGGAGCUCCGGGUCCGCUGCGGGAGGAGCCGGGCUGCGCUGCGGGGACUCCCUGCCCCCCCCUCCCCCGAUCCCCUCUACCCGCGGCGGCGGGGAGCCCCGGGGCGGGCCGCCGGGGAGCCGGCCUUCCCCCGCCGGCGGGAGGGACCUGGGCGAGCCCUUCUCCGGCAGAGAGGAACCGGCUUCUCCGGGGCGCGGGCUGCUCCCGUCGUCUCGGCAGCGGGCGGCCCCCGCGGCUUCUGCCCCUUCCCUCCGCCGGCCCCUCUGUCCCCGGGGGCUGCCGCUGGGCCCUCCCGCAGCUCGGGGCAGGGUGUCUUGCAUUGCACUGGGCUCUGCGGGGCUCUCGCUUUCCUGCCUGCAGGCUCUGCCGCUCCCCGGGCGAGCGUCCGGCCCAGAUCAGGUCUCGGGAGUUGUUGUUUUUUAUUUUUUGAAUCCACUGUCCGGGGGGAGACUGGAGCGGUCUGUUGGUGGCUCUGUCCCCUCCUCCCCUCGCGCUUUCUUGUCCUCUGCAGCGGCCCCUUUGCGCUCGCCAUGAAGCCCUCGGGGGCAGACUUCCUCUGAAACAGCCGAGCUCUCUCUUGGAGGGCAAGAGAAAGAUGCAGGCGAAAGGCUCCCGUGGUGCCCCUUCCCUCGGCGCUUUGCCCUUCUUGUUCAUUGUGGCAGCUCUCCUAGGGCUGCUGCCCUUGCUUCACAGCCAUGGCUUGCAGCCUAAUCCGGUGCUGGCCUCUGAGCCACCCCACCACUACCCAGCAGUUAUCAGUGGAAGUGCACCUGGGGACUUCACUGCAGCCCCUCUGGAUGUCUCCCAGGAGAUUCGCCCUCUGACCAACCACACCAGCACUGGGCACGCCAAGUACCGGAAAGCCUUCCCUGUCCUGGGCAUUGACUAUACCCAUGUGCGGAUACCGUUUGAGAUCUCCCUCUGGAUACUGCUGGCAUGUCUCAUGAAACUGGGUUUCCAUGUGAUUCCCUCUGUGUCCAACAUCGUGCCGGAGAGCUGCCUCCUCAUCGUGGUGGGGCUUCUGGUUGGGGGACUCAUCAAGGGGGUCGGGGAGAGUCCCCCGAUCCUGAAGUCAGACAUCUUCUUCCUCUUCCUCCUCCCGCCCAUCAUCUUGGAUGCCGGCUACUUCCUGCCCCUGCGCCAGUUCACGGAGAACCUGGGGACCAUCUUGAUCUUUGCGGUGGUGGGGACGCUCUGGAACGCCUUUUUCCUGGGCGGGCUGAUGUACGCCGUGUGCCAGAUCAGCGGCACUGGCCUGGGUCACAUUGGCUUGCUGGCCAAUCUGCUCUUCGGCAGCAUCAUCUCGGCGGUGGAUCCGGUGGCGGUGCUGGCUGUCUUCGAGGAGAUCCACAUCAAUGAGCUCCUGCACAUCCUGGUGUUUGGGGAAUCCUUGCUGAAUGACGCCGUCACUGUGGUGCUCUACCACCUCUUCGAAGAGUAUGCCAACUUCGAGCAGGUGACUGUUAUUGACAUCAUCCUGGGCUUCCUCAGCUUCUUCGUGGUGUCCCUGGGAGGCAUCUUCGUCGGUGUGAUCUAUGGAGUCAUUGCCGCCUUCACCUCCCGCUUCACCUCCCACAUCCGCGUCAUUGAGCCCCUCUUCGUCUUCCUCUACAGCUACAUGGCGUACCUGUCGGCCGAGCUCUUCCACCUCUCUGGCAUCAUGGCGCUCAUCGCCUCCGGCGUGGUCAUGCGCCCUUACGUGGAGGCGAACAUCUCCCACAAGUCCCACACCACCAUCAAGUACUUCCUGAAGAUGUGGAGCAGCGUCAGUGAGACCCUGAUCUUCAUCUUCCUGGGAGUCUCCACCGUGGCUGGCAACCACUACUGGAACUGGACCUUCAUCAUCAGCACGCUGAUCUUCUGCCUCAUCGCCAGGGUGUUAGGUGUCCUGGGUCUCACCUGGUUCAUCAAUAAAUUCCGCAUUGUGAAACUGACCCCAAAGGACCAGUUCAUCAUCGCCUACGGUGGCCUGAGAGGGGCCAUUGCUUUCUCGCUGGGUUACCUCCUGGAUUACGAGCACUUUGGCAUGAGAGACAUGUUCCUCACAGCCAUCAUCACGGUCAUCUUCUUCACGGUCUUCGUGCAGGGGAUGACCAUUCGCCCCCUGGUGGACCUGCUGGCUGUGAAGAAGAAGCAAGAGACAAAACGCUCCAUCAACGAAGAGAUUCACACCCAGUUCCUGGAUCAUCUCUUGACUGGCAUCGAGGAUAUAUGUGGUCACUACGGCCACCACCACUGGAAAGACAAGUUGAAUCGCUUCAACAAGAAGUACAUGAAGAAGUGCCUGAUCGCAGGCGAGCGGUCCAAGGAGCCACAGCUGAUUGCCUUCUACCACAAGAUGGAGAUGAAACAAGCCAUCGAGCUGGUGGAGAGUGGAGGGUUGGGCAAGAUCCCCUCUGCCAUCUCCACGGUCUCCAUGCAGAACAUCAAUCCCAAAGCCCUGCCUGUGAAGCGCAUCCUGCCAGCGCUGUCCAAGGACAAAGAGGAGGAGAUCCGGAAAAUCCUUCGCAACAAUCUCCAGAAAACCAGGCAGAGGUUGCGAUCAUACAACCGGCACACGCUGGUGGCUGACCCUUACGAGGAAGCUUGGAACCAGAUGCUGCUGAGGAGGCAAAAGGCCCGGCAGCUGGAGCAGAAGAUAAACAAUUACUUGACAGUCCCAGCACACAAGCUCGACUCUCCCACGAUGUCCAGGGCACGCAUCGGCUCAGACCCACUGGCGUAUGAGCCCAAGUCGGACUCGGGGAACCUACCUAUCAUCACGAUCGACCCGGCCUCGCCCCAGUCUCCGGAGUCCGUCGACCUGGUGAACGAGGAGCUGAAGGGCCUGAGCUGCCUCCCCCCCUCGCCCGAGGAGGACGAGGAAGGGCUCGUGAUGCACGUGAAGGAGUCUUCCUCCCCGGGCACUGACGACGUCUUCACCCCAGGGGCCGGCGACAGCCCCAGCAACCAGCGAAUGUUGCGGUGCCUCAGUGACCCUGGGCCUCAGCCCGAACCCGAGGAGGGCGAGCCGUUCAUCCGCAAAGGGCAGUAGCAGUGGGUGCGUUGCCAGAUCUGGCCUGCAGGGGAAGCUGCUUGCACACGCACGGAUUCUUUUCUUUCCCAUUGGUUCCCCUGGUGCGACGCUCUGGGUUUGGGAGGGUGGAAUGGGGCUGCUGCCCGGGCAGCGCUGCCGAGUGAGCGUUGGCUAUGGCCGGCGAGGAAUCCCUUGCCCAAGCAGAGGAGAAGACCCCAGUGACUCUCGGCGAGAAGGGGAGCCCAUGCAUUCCAGCCUGUUUCUUCAACUUUCAUGCGCCACCCUGGCCUGCUUUCCCUUGGUAGUGCCGCGAUGCUCGCUGACUGGGGGGGAAUCCCAAAGGAGCCCUGCUCGACAGGAGCCUGUUUACCAACGGCGUUGGCUUACACAGGCGCUUCGCAGCUGUUGGAGAAACUUCCCCCAAGGGCAGAUCUGUGCGGUUUACCCUGCCUCAGAUGCAACCCCAAUCCUUGCCAACUCAGGGACUGUUGCAACGUGUGUGGCUGUGGGUUACUCCCCAGACGGUCUGCAUGAGGGAAGCAGGACUCUGGGCUUAGCCUCUGCCCAGCUUGAUUACCUGCUGUAAGUUCACGGCCCUGUCCCAGAGCCAGCGCAGCAGCCUGCCUUGCCGCUGAGGCUGUUGCAACCAGAGGGUGACCCUUAGCAGAGGAGCUGGAAACCCCUCGCUGUCCUGCUCGUGUUCUGCUGCAGGUGCUAACACGCAGCCCAUCUCCUUCCAGCAGCCUCAAGGGUGCGCGGCUCACCCUCUCCCCCAGCUCAGCGGGGGCCCAGCUUGGCUUAGAACUGCAGUCGGUGCUGUGGCCUCUGUCGCCUUGCAUUGGCUGGUGCCUCCAUCUGCUAGGCUGUCGCCCUCCUCCCCGGCAGCCAGAUUUUUAAAUGUCUUUGUUCAGGGUUGGGGCGAAUGCAGCAUUUUAGAUUCUUCAAUGGGGGGAUGGGUAAAACCCCCAUAUAGCCAGAGGGGGUCACUGUGGUUCCAUGCCCUGAAAGUCUCCUUUCGCUUUGCAUUCUCUCUCUCACUUAAAAGCUAUCGCUAGUAAUCUACUGCUGGAGAGCUUGAGCCCCAGCCCAUCCAUCGUCCCCUCCAGGGUCAGCCCCUUGUGCUGCACAUUCCCUCCCUAUUCUGGGCAUGGUCACCGUGUGGAAUGUCCUGACCCCCACCCCACUUGGUUGGGGACUUUCUGAUCUGAUGAUCUAGGUGCCUCUUUUUACACUCUCUCUCUCACACACACUCACACACACUCUCUCACACUCACACACACAGAGAGAGAGAGAGCUGUAUAAAAGCAAGGAGUGUUUCUGAACCAAAGAUGGUUGGAUGGGUUUAUUGUACAUAGAGAAUGCGCUUUUUUAAACGCUGUGGAUAUUUUCUUACCUGGUGACUUAAUGAAUCUGGGCUGGGCCUUGGGAUGUCCAAGCCACUCCCCCAGCCUGGCUGGGGAUGCUUCCUCCGUGGCCUCACACUGCACAUUCUUUAAUGUAAAGCUUUAAUGGCCUCUGACAGGCAGGGAAGUCUCUCCGCCAAAGGGGAAAGUCCAGGGGAACGGGGCCAUGGCCUCACAACCGCACAGGCUCCAGGGGUUGGGGUUUGCCUGUGUUUCUAGGUUGGGGUCUGUAGACCGUUCCCAGAGCUGGCAUCCCUCCUCCCUCACUGAUGGACUUGUUCAGGGGCAUCUCUGAUUGCUUCCUGACAUGUAGUACAGCUUCCUGCUCCAAACUACCCCCUGGGCUGUCCCAUCCCCACCCCUGUGCUGCUGGUAGGCUGCUUUCCUCCCACGCUGGGUGGGAGAAUCUGGAACUGGCUAUUGCAACGCUCCCCCCGUCGUGGGAGUCUGGGUCUAGUUCUCCUGGGCUGCAAAGCUUUGCUCCCCUCCUUUGUAUUCAGGGAGGAGCUCCUAGGUUGUUAGUGGCCGGGGGGAUCCUUGGGGCUGCCCGUCAAGGGGCUGUCGCAUAGAACAGCUACUGCUUUGGGGCCGUGUAUGUAAAAUUGGGACCAGGAGGAGGCAGGCAUGGGGGAGGGGAUAAGGGCCCAGGCUGUCCAUUCUGGAGCAGGCAGAAAGCCUUCUUCAGUUCUUGAGACCUCGUAGGUGCUGCCCCUCCUGUCGAGGGCACUCCAGGGCGUGCUGCGAGUAUGGCUUUAAGGACAUCUGCCACCUAGCGAGCUCUUCUGGUGCCUGCCUUCCUCCAGUAGCACUUAGACAACCCCGUUGGAGCGCUCUGCUCUGUGCCCUGCGCUGUGCCUUUUAGCCACACGAUGUCUGCCUGCGCAAACAGCAUCCUCCUAGCCUGUCUGCCUUUAGUAAAUGCUGUGUGUGUGUCCAGUGACUUGGUGGGCCUGGCUGGGGCGCAUGCCUUAACCCAGCCUGCUCCAUCUGUGAAUCCAUUCCACCAUCCAAAGAGCGAGCCUCCCGCAUGCCUGCUCACCCAGCCCGUUCACAGGGCCAGGGUUAGGGGGCAGGCGGCAGGGUUUUCCUCUGACGUGCAAUAUCUGUCUGCCGCAGGGGUCUCUGCAGCUCAUGGCUUCGGAGCGCCUAGAAGCAGGGAGUCCACAGGAACGUGCCUGUCUCUGGGGGCGUGUGCAGUACUCUGCCUCCAGGAGGAAUAAUUAAGCAAUGAAAAUUCUCUUGUAUAAAACACCUGUAAAGAUGAUCUUUUUUCAUGACUAUUCUAAUAAAUUAAUGUUAAUUUUUA